CGCUGAUUUGAGCUUUAGACCUCGGUGGACCCGGAGUUCAGGCCACAGUCCGGGGCGGGCGGGCGUCGGGAGGCCAGCGCGGGUCAGGGCCGCGAGACGCCAGCUCAUCUCCCCUGCACAAUGGCCAACCAAGGUCCUGAGGGCGAGCACCCAUCCGUGACGCUCUUCCGCCAGUAUCUGCGCAUCCGCACUGUCCAGCCCAAGCCGGAUUAUGGGGCUGCUGUGGCCUUCCUUGAGGAUAGAGCCCGCCAGCUGGGACUGAGCUGUCAGAAAGUGGAGGUAGCCCCGGGCUAUGUGGUCACAGUGCUCACCUGGGUAGGCACCAACCCCGCCUUACCUUCCAUUUUGCUUAACUCCCACACGGAUGUGGUCCCCGUCUUCAAGGAACACUGGAGUCACGACCCCUUCGAAGCCUUCAAGGAUUCUAAGGGCUACAUCUAUGCCAGAGGCUCGCAGGACAUGAAGUGCGUCAGUAUCCAGUACCUGGAGGCUGUAAGGAGACUGAAGGCCGAGGGCCGCCACUUCCCUAGAACCAUCCAUAUGACCUUUGUGCCUGACGAGGAGGUCGGAGGACACAAGGGCAUGGAGCUGUUCGUGCAUCGGCCCGAGUUCCAGGCGCUGAGGGCGGGCUUUGCCUUGGAUGAGGGCCUGGCCAACCCCACCGAUGCCUUCACUGUGUUUUACAGUGAACGGAGCCCUUGGUGGGUGCGGGUCACCAGCACAGGGAGACCAGGCCAUGGAUCCCGCUUCAUGGAGGACACAGCAGCGGAGAAAUUGCACAAGGUUGUGAGUUCUUUCCUGGCAUUCCGGGAGAAGGAAAGGCAGCGGCUGCAGUCCAACCCUCACCUGAAAGAGGGGGCAGUGACUUGCGUGAACCUGACUAAGCUGGAGGGGGGCGUGGCCUAUAACGUGGUACCUGCCACCAUGAGCGCCUGCUUUGACAUCCGUGUGGCUCCGGAUGUGGACCUCAAGGCUUUUGAGAAGCAGCUAGAGAGCUGGUGCCAGGAGGCUGGUGAGGGGGUCACAUUCGAGUUUUCCCAGAAAUGGACCCAGCCCCGAGUGACACCCACUGAUAGCUCAGACCCCUGGUGGGCAGCCUUCAGUGGGGUCUUCAAGGACAUGAAUCUCAAUCUGGAGCCCGAGAUCUUUCCAGCUGCCACUGACAGCCGCUACAUCCGGGCGGUGGGGAUCCCAGCUCUGGGCUUCUCCCCCAUGAACCACACCCCUGUGCUGCUGCAUGACCAUGAUGAACGCCUCCACGAAGCCGUGUUCCUCCGCGGGAUUGACAUCUACACACACCUGCUGCCUGCCCUGGCCAGCGUGCCUGCCCUGCCCAAUGGCAGCUGAGCCGCAGGUCCCUCCCUGCGCCCCCGGAGCUUCCCGUGCAGCCAGCCAGCGGUGCCAGGAGCUCCUCUUCCCUCUGCGCACUAAUAAAGCCUGUGAGCGUAGGGAUA